GCAAAGAAAGCUUGGAUUGGUCUACAGAGAGCGAGACCUGGGAGAUGGCUGUGGUCUCUGGAAGACAAAACUUUCUACAGAGAUGGAGACACUUACACACACUGGGACAGAGGACAGCCAGACAAUUGUAAUGGAGUUGAGUACUGUGUGGAGUUUUAUAAUGGAAAUAAAUGGAAUGAUAACCGAUGUGAAAAGUUGAAUCAUUUUGUAUGUUAUGAAGAAAAAAACAUAAAUAAUAAAAAAUAUGUAUUUAUUAAUGAUACAAAGAGCUGGUACGAUGCUCAGACCUACUGCAGAGAGAAAUACACCGACCUGGUCAGUGUGAGGAACCAAACUGAGAAUGACGAGAUCUGUAAUGUUAGUCAAUGUUUAGCCAAAUCAGAGGUUUGGAUCGGUCUGUUUAAUGACUCCUGGAAUUGGUCAGAUCAGAGAAACUCCACAUUCAGAUACUGGAGAUCUGACAAACCCAGUGAAGGUUUCAUCUGUGAUGCAGUGUCUGAGUCUGAGCAACGUUACUGGACUGAUGUGAACUGCACAGAAAAACUCCCGUUUAUCUGCCAUGAGAAUAAACUGAUCCUGAUUAAGGAGAAUCUGACCUGGAAAGAAGCUCUGAUAUACUGCAGGAACCGUCAUCAUGACCUGGUCUCAGUUCGCUCUAAGCAGAUGCAGCUCUGGGUGAAGGAAGUGACUCAAAACGCCUCCACUGAACACGUGUGGCUCGGCCUGCGUCACACCUGCGCUCUGGGCUUCUGGUACUGGGUGAAUGGAGAGAUGAUCUGCUACCAGAACUGGGCUCCAGGUAACGGGACAGGGUCUGAAGACUGCAGUCAUGAGGAGAGAACAGGAGCAGUGCAGUCUGGAGGAGAACAGAAGUGGAUCAGCCUGCCUCAGAGCCAAACACUCAACUUUAUCUGCUCUACCUAUGAAGAAUAAAGAACUAUAACAAACUCAGCACAUUUACACCCAUGCAGGAAGUUUAGAACACCAAGACCUGCAAACAGUGAUGUUAAAAUCAUCAUUGUUCUUUUUUAUUAUUAAAAUUUUGUCAUUUUUUGUUUGCCUUCUUUACUUGUAGACAGCUGAGUUUGUUAUCAGGAUGUCUGAAUAUUUACAUGUUGAUGGUUUCUAUAUCUGGGAUUUCUGAGCACUUGUUUCUUUAACGUGUAAGAAUAUGGAUCGUAAUGACUGCUGACAAUUUUCUUAUCAGAUAAAAAUAAAUAUAAAGAUUGUUCCACAUCACAAACACACACACAAACAUGAAGAGUGUGUAUGGUGUGUGUAAAGUUGUCACUUAUUUUAUGCUCUGUGAGGGAAAUUAAUCUCAUACACAACUCUGGUUCAGUCAACAGUUCAACAUUAACCCUGCGCCACACUGUGUUACUAUGACAAACAGAUUAAAGCAACGACGCUGCAUCGUGUUAUUUCAACUUUUUUGGACCAACUGUGGAUUUUCUGCAAAUAUGUGUUUAGAAAGCCUCCUGUUCAUAAACACACACAUACACACACACACAUGCACACAUGCACACACACAAAGCUAGCUGCGCUUUAUUCAAAUAAACCCUUCACACGACCCAAAAUGCAAAACACAGUGAACUUUCUGUUGCUGUUUGAACCUCAGAAACUCACAGGUCUGAACCUGUAACACAGCUGAUCCUGAGAUAAUAUCUAAUUCUAGGCCAGUAUGAAAAUGAGCUAAGAGGAAAAAUAGGAGGAAGACAAAACACAUACACAGUGAUGUCUU